UGACGUUAUAAAUUUUAUAAACUUAACAAUUAAUUAAAAUUUAUUAUAUUCAAAAUAGUUAAAUCUUUAUAAGUAAAAUGUUAAAUCCAUAAAAUUCGAUGGAAGAAACUACUCUCAGCCGAUUGUGUUUGAUUUCUUUCAAAUAUAAUUUAUAUUCGAUAUUAUAUUAUUAUCAAAAUCAAGGUUUACAAAUUAAAUCUUUGUUUGAAUGCUUUCCUCCAAAUAUUUGUGAAAAUUUUAUGAAAAUAGCCUCAACUAUUCUGAACCCUGAACUAUUAUUUUACCUGUUUAAAAAAGGAAUCAAGGAAAUUUAUUUACCAUAUUAUAAUGAGGACAUUCCAUUAAAGAAGUUCAUUUCUAUUUCUGAAGGAAUUACUUGCAUGAUUUUAAAUUGCGUACCUUUAUCAGAAAGAAUGAUUCAAAAACUUGUCAGCCAUUUGCCUAAUAUUAUAGUUUUGAAAUUAAGUCAAACAAACGUUACAGACUCGACGUUAGAAAUCAUUGGAAAAACGUGUACAUAUUUAGAAUGCUUAGAUGUAUCGUUUUGUUCGAUUACAGACAAUGGACUCUAUGUUUUAUGUCGUAGCACUGAAAAUACAGAAGAAGUGCGAUGUGAACAUUUGAAAGUUUUAAGAAUAUUUAAUGCUAGAAUUACAGAAAGAGGGUUGGCAUGUGUUUUAAUGAACAUUCCAAUUGUGAAAAUAUAUGCAGAAUUGGAUAUUUACCUGAAAUCAAUAUGUUGUUUCAUAAAAUAUAAUUUUAGUAAAUGUCUACGAAUUAAAUGCUUAAACGUUUUACCAAUAGAAGAGCGAGUGAAUCUUUUAGAGAUUUUAUUAUCUAUCCCCGAAGUUGAAUCAUUGUGUAUCUACAGAACAUCACUCGAGGAUGCGGAUGUCAUUAGCUUACCACGAUUUGAAAAUUUAAGACGAUUAUCUCUAAGCGUGAAUAGGAAUGACAAAAUGCUAACAUUCGAAGAUGGUGUGAUAUAUCUUCUAGUGAUAUCAGGAAAACAAUUAGAUGAAUUGAGAUUAAAUAAUUUCCAAUACGUUAACGCAUAUUUGAUUGGAAAGUAUUGCAAUAAUCUUCGUUCUCUAGAAUUAUAUUCAAUUCGACAUCUUUAUUUUAGACAGGAUUUAUCGGGGGAAAUCAAACCGAUAUUACUUUCUCUCAAUUAUUUAAAAUUGAAGAAUUUGCUUGGUAAACCUUGGGAUGAUUGUCUUGCAUCUAUUUUUAGAAAUUCUCCAAAUUUGAUGGAACUGAUCGUAAUGUCUUCGUUAUGUUUAACAGAUGCAAUAAUGUUUCAAAUUAUUCCUGUACUUAAAAACGUAAAUUAUAUAAUUAUAUGUAAUUGCGAUAAUAUCACGAAAAUGUCCAUUUAUUCAGUUUUAGAUAAAAUUACUAAUCUUCGAAGUUUAUGGAUAUCAUCAAGACGAAAUAUCUUAACCAAGACAGAAGAAAAAUUAAUUCAAGAUUACAUAAUGAGUAAUUAUAUAACGUGUGAUUUCUUCUAUCAAGUAAAUUAUAAUUAUACUAUGGAUCAAGGUGCAAAUUUAAGGGAAAUGAGAUUUUAUUUCUAAAAAAGUCUUUGCGUUAUUUUCAUUUAUUAAAUUAAUAAAUGAAUCAAUCAUUAUCUGUUUUCAAUUUAUUUAUUUAUUUUUCUGCUACUUUCGCGAUUUGCGC